AUGUCUGACGCUAUGGGAGGAAAGCGAUCAAGCGCCGACGCCGACGAGUCAAUCCGAAAGAAGGCAAAGAAACAAGGCGGCGACGACGAAAAGUACAACCCUUACCUUGCUCACAUGUAUGACAACGGUGAUAGCAAUGGCCAUGGAGAGGAGCCUUCUCCCGAUUCGCCUCUGGCCGGUAUGAAGCGACAGCAAACCACCGCUAAACAGGCCGCCAAGGCUGAGGAUUCCGAGUCGAACCCUUUUACCGGCCGAACGCAUUCGCAGAAGUACUUCCAGAUUCUUCAGGGUCGUCGCGAUCUGCCUGUGCACAAGCAACGGCAGGAGUUUCUCGACAAGUACCACUCGACACAGAUCCUCGUCUUUGUCGGUGAGACAGGAUCCGGAAAGACUACUCAGAUCCCUCAAUAUGUCGUCUACGACGAGUUACCUCAUCUCACCGGCAAGCUCAUCGCCUGUACUCAGCCCCGUCGAGUCGCCGCUAUGUCGGUUGCGCAGCGUGUCGCUGACGAGAUGGAUGUCACUCUGGGCGAGGAAGUUGGUUACAGCAUUCGUUUCGAGGAUAUGACGGGCCCUAAGACCAUGCUCAAGUACAUGACCGAUGGUAUGCUUCUGCGCGAGGCUAUGCACGACCACGAGAUGUCUCGCUACAGCUGUAUUAUUCUUGACGAGGCUCACGAACGUACCCUCGCAACCGAUAUCCUCAUGGCUCUUCUCAAGCAGAUUUCCAUGCGCCGACCCGAUCUCAAGAUCAUCAUCAUGUCUGCUACGCUUGACGCCCAAAAGUUCCAAAAGUACUUUAACGAUGCGCCUCUGCUUGCCGUUCCAGGGCGAACACACCCCGUUGAGAUUUUCUACACCCCCGAACCUGAGCGCGAUUACGUCGAGGCCGCCAUAAGAACUGUCCUUCAGAUCCACGCUUCAGAGCCUGAGGGUGAUGUUCUGCUCUUCUUAACGGGUGAAGACGAGAUUGAAGAUGCUUGUCGCAAGAUCAGCCUCGAGGCCGAUGAGCUGAUGCGAGAGGUUGAUGCUGGCCCUCUGGCCGUUUACCCUCUUUAUGGUACUCUACCUCCCCAUCAACAGCAGCGGAUUUUCGAUAAGGCUCCUGCGCCCAUUCGCAAAGGAGGUCGCCCUGGCCGCAAGGUCAUCGUUUCCACCAACAUCGCCGAGACCAGUUUGACCAUUGACGGUAUUGUGUACGUCGUGGAUCCUGGUUUCAGUAAGCAGAAGAUUUACAACCCUCGUAUCCGUGUCGAGUCUCUUUUGGUUUCGCCCAUCUCCAAGGCCUCUGCCCAGCAACGUGCUGGUCGUGCUGGUCGUACAAAGCCCGGAAAGUGUUUCCGCCUGUAUACUGAGAAGGCCUUUAAAAAGGAGCUUAUUGAGCAAACUUAUCCUGAGAUCUUGCGUUCCAACCUUGCCAACACUGUCCUGGAGCUCAAGAAGCUCGGUGUUGAGGAUCUUGUCCAUUUCGAUCUUAUGGACCCUCCUGCCCCUGAGACCAUGAUGAGAGCUCUUGAGGAGCUCAACUAUCUCGCCUGUCUCGAUGACGAUGGUGAGCUGACUACUCUCGGCAGCAUGGCAUCAGCUUUCCCUCUGGAUCCCGCUCUGGCUGUCAUGCUUAUAUCCUCUCCUGAGUUUUAUUGCUCCAACGAAAUUCUAUCCAUCACUUCUCUGCUCUCAGUACCCCAGAUCUUCACCCGACCUGCCAACAACCGCAAGCGUGCAGACGAGAUGAAGGCGCAGUUCGCUCAUCCUGACGGAGAUCACCUUACCCUCCUCAACGCUUACCACGCCUUCAAGGGCCAGGCUACAUCAGACCCUAAUAGCGCCAAGCAGUGGUGUCACGAGCACUUCCUCUCAUUCCGACAUCUCUCUAGUGCUGACAACGUCCGGGCACAGCUCAAGCGCAUCAUGGAAACGCACGGUCUUGAGCUUGUUUCGACGCCUUUCGAGGACAAGAACUACUAUACCAACAUUCGACGCGCUUUGCUUGCCGGUUUCUUCAUGCAGGUCGCCAUGAAGGAGAGCUCAGGCAAACUCUAUCGCACUGUUAAGGAUGAUCAGGCUGUUCUGAUCCACCCUUCCACCGUUCUUCGUACCGAGUUUGACUGGGUUCUCUACAACGAGUUUGUUCUGACAUCGAAGCAAUACAUCCGCACAUGUACAGGUAUCCGGCCUGAGUGGCUACUGGAGAUUGCACCCACAUACUACGAUAUCGAUAGUUUUGAGCAGGGCGAUGUCAAGCGGUCUCUUGCACGCGCCGCAGAGAAGAAGCGCCGCAAGGAGGCCAUGAAGUCUGGUAGAUGA